AUGAAAAUUAGGAAGAGCAAUCUAAAAAACCUUUUGUACCUAGCGAAUUAAAAAAAUGAACUAAAAUUAAAAUAAUCCUGCUUUAUAGUGCUUAUUAAAUCAAUUUAAUACAAAAGUAGAGGUAUUAAAGUAUAAAUAAAGUGGACAUUAAAUUGGGUAUUUUAUUAAUUAAAAGAAAUUCACAAUUAAUAAAUAUUGAGAAAUAUCCAUCAAUUUCCUUCAAUAUUAAAUUUAUGUAUAUUUAUGGCACUUAUUGACCCUUUUUUAAUAUAAGCCUUCAUGUUAAUAAAAUAUUUUUAAAGAGUAACUCUGCAUUAUCUCAAUUCACUUAAUACACUGAUAUACCCUUUAUUUUAUUGA